AUGUUCCUUCCUUCUUUAUUAACCCACACCUUUUUUGUUUUGAUUUAUAUGGGCUUUCGGUGAAACAACAAAUAAUUGCUUUUCUGCAUGUCAUUAUCACGAUUAGCGGGCGGGUUGAACUCAGAAAGCUUCUCUCUCUCUCUCUCUCUCUCUUCACUCUGCUGUCCGCACAAAAUUUUAACAACAAAUAAUUGAUUUUCUGCAUGUCAUUAUCACGAUUAGCGGCCGGGCUGAACUCAAAAAGCUUCUCUCUCUCUCUCUCUCUCUCUCUCUUCACUGUGCUGUCCGCACAAAACUUUUCCUUCAUCUCUCUCUUACUGUUCUUAGGUCGUCUCUCGAUUCCUCCUCCAUUCAUCUUUUUCCUUCUCUUUUUUAACCGCAAGUUGAGUAAUUAAGUCCGUAGAGAUUCGGUUCCUUUUUCCAGAGGAAUUCAUCGGUGGUGGUUGACUUCGGAUUGUAUAUCAAAAAGCUGCCGCUUUGAAGAAUCCACUCUUGCUUUUUAAUUAGUUUUAGGUUAUUCUUCGACCGUGGUUUUGCUUUUCCUCUCUCUCUCUCUCUCUCUCUCUCGACCCAGAAGGAAUCGCUUCGUGAACCGAUGAGUCCCAUUUCGUUAAAUUCCUGCUCUUUUUGCUCGGAUCAGCUUCCUUCCUUUCGGCUUUUAGGGGUCCUCCUUCUUGUUCUGUGAUAUCUCCUCCUUUUUGGCCAUUCUUUUCUCUCUAUAUUGCGAGGAAAACACUGCUAUCUAAAGGCGGGUGACAAGCAAACAAAAAGGAAAAGGGCAAAGAAAACAAGUGAACAAAGAAGAGAGAAACUGGGAUUUUGAGGGAAAAAAAGAAGUUGGUCCAAGAGAAUUUCGAAUUUUUGCUUUGGUUUUGGAGAGUUCGAAGAGUCUCAUACAAAGGAGGAGAAGAUAUAUAAAGGUUGGUCGGUUGGUUGAUUAGCUGGUGGUGGGUGGUGGAGAUCCAAGUGAGUUGGGUCAUAGUUGGCGAUCGAAUAGGUAGCGAGAGACUCCAAGAUAGUGUGGAAGAAUGUAUGGCGGCAGUGGUAGCGGCAGCGGCAGCGAGAGCGGCGGCGGCGGCGGCGGCGGCGGGGUGGUAAUGACGAGGGAUCCGAAGCCGAGGCUGCGGUGGACGGCCGACCUGCACGAGCGCUUUGUGGACGCCGUCACCAGACUCGGCGGCCCCGACAAAGCAACUCCCAAGUCAGUGCAUAGACUAAUGGGCUUGAAGGGCUUGACACUGUACCAUUUAAAGAGCCAUCUUCAGAAAUAUAGAUUAGGGCAACAAAUGCGGAGGCAAAAUAGCGAUGACACAACUAAACAAAGUGAUGGAUUUCCUUAUGUUCAAUUUAGUCCAUCCAGAAUGGCCGGCAGUUCAUCGCAAGCUGGUCACUUACAACCGGGCGGAGAAAUCCCGAUUGAGGAGACACUGAAGUGUCAAAUAGAAGUUCAAAAGAGACUUCAAGAGCAACUUGAGGUACAGAAGAAGCUGCAGAUGAGAAUAGAGUCCCAAGGGAAGUACCUGCAAACAAUUCUAGAGAAAGCCCAAAAGAGCCUCUCGCUCGAUGCGAGCGGUCCUGUCAAUCUAGAGGCCACGAGAGCCCAAAUAGCCGACUUCAAUCUGGCCAUCUCCAACUUUGGGGACCACGGCAGAGGAGGAGGUGGUGCUGUUGCAGAGAGGAACAACAGCAGCAACUUCAUCAACAUGAUGAUGAGCAUGAAAGAAGAGACGUACGAGAGAGGAGGCCAUCAAAACCACGGCUUGGCAUUCCAGAUUUAUGAAGGAGAGAGACCGCAAGCUCAGGACAUCGAGGCCAAGAGGUCGGAAGGGUCGUCGAUGAUUCAUUUCGACUUGAAUAUCAAAGGCGGGCAUGACUUUCUGGGAGCCAAAUUAGGGCCCAACAUGAUGAUUUAGGUCAGUAAAAACGAAAGAAUCACGGAAUGUCGCUCCUUUGUUUAUGUAGAAAAAGCACCAGCACUUAACUUUUUGGCAGCCUCUAACGUUCCAUGUAGGUUGAGAUUCACUGUUAUACUACAUAUAUAUUCUAUUA